CCCCGCCCCCUCGGCGCCAGGGCGCACGCGCGGGGCUGGAGCCUGCGCGGAGGGGCGGGCGGCCACGGCUGUAGCCUCUUCCACCCCUCACAGCGCGCGCGCGGGGAACCAGUCGCCGCGGCUGCUUCGGUUGCCGCGCUCGGUGGUAGUUAUGGAUUUUACAUGGGACGACUUGGCUCUGGCCUUCUCCCGCACGUCCAUGUUUCCCUUUUUUGACAUCGCGCACUAUCUAGUGUCAGUGAUGGCGGUGAAACGUCAGCCGGGAGCAGCUGCAUUGGCAUGGAAGAAUCCUAUUUCAAGCUGGUUUACUGCUAUGCUCCACUGUUUUGGUGGAGGAAUUUUAUCCUGUCUACUGCUUGCAGAGCCACCAUUGAAGUUUCUUGCAAACCACACUAACAUAUUACUGGCAUCUUCAAUCUGGUAUAUUACAUUUUUUUGCCCACAUGACCUAGUUUCCCAGGGCUAUUCAUAUCUACCUGUUCAACUACUGGCUUCGGGAAUGAAGGAAGUGACCAGAACUUGGAAAAUAGUAGGUGGAGUCACACAUGCUAAUAGCUAUUACAAAAAUGGCUGGAUAGUCAUGAUAGCUAUUGGAUGGGCCCGAGGUGCAGGUGGUACCAUUAUAACGAAUUUUGAGAGGUUGGUAAAAGGAGAUUGGAAACCCGAAGGUGAUGAAUGGCUGAAGAUGUCAUACCCUGCCAAGGUAACCCUGCUGGGGUCAGUUAUCUUCACAUUCCAGCACACUCAGCAUCUGGCAAUAUCAAAGCAUAAUCUUAUGUUCCUUUAUACCAUCUUUAUUGUGGCCACAAAGAUAACCAUGAUGACUACACAGACUUCUACUAUGACAUUUGCUCCUUUUGAGGAUACAUUGAGUCGGAUGCUGUUUGGCUGGCAGCAGCCGUUUUCAUCAUGUGAGAAGAAAAGUGAAGCAAAGUCACCUUCCAAUGGCAUUGGGUCAUUGGCCUCAAAGCCUGUAGAUGUUGCUUCAGAUAAUGUUAAAAAGAAACAUACUAAGAAGAAUGAAUAAAUUUACGUGAUGAGCUCUUCAAGGCCAAAAUUUUUUUUUCUUAUCUACCUGUUAGAUUGUGCUAAUUUUUCUAUGUAUGUGAUGUGAAAUGAAGACUAUAUAUAUGGAAUGGAGGUGACAGAAAGAAAGAAAUUCUUUGAGGGAGACUUCCCCUUUCUCGAUUGUAAUUGUUGAGUGUUAUGAGUGUAUCAUGUGAUUAUGCUUUACUGGUAUAUAAGAGAUUCUGUUGUGAUUAUUUGAAUAGUUUUAUAUUAAUAAAAGAAGGCAAAAUUUUUUAAAUGUUAGAAAAAUCAGACCUGUCAUUGCAAAGUAACAAAAAUUUUAAGCUUUUAAAAAUGUAGAUAUUUUCAUAUUUUUAAAAUUUGAAUCUAUUUGAGCUUUAGUUCAGCAGAAUUAAAUUUUUACUUUACAUUAUCAUUGAAAUUGCUAGGUAUGGAAAACAAUUCCUAUUUUAUUUUGAACACUGAGAAGAGUAAACUUUUCCUAAAACACUUUAUAUUAUAAAUGAAAAUAAAUUGCUAGUUUAUAUUUUAGAUAUAAACAUCAUAUUUUUUAUUAAUACCUACAUCAAAUGGAAAAUAUCUGAAAUUUUUUUCCAUAGCAGAUAUUUUCUACUAGAAGUAAUGUUACUACUUUUCAUUUGGAACAGAGUAUGAGUCUUAAUCUGAAGUCUUUUUCAUGCCCUUGUUUUAAAAAAAACACUUUUUUUCCCCUCAAAAAAAUCAAGGGUGUAAUUUUUAAUAAAUUGUUAAUCCUGUUUUGUAAUUUUUGUUUUAGGAGCCUGACUUAUUUUUUUCUCUCUCACAAAAACACAUUUGUUUUAAUUGUAGGAGAAAUUACUUUUCUCAGCAUUUUGCAUGUUCUUUCUAAUCUUCGUUGGUCUGAAUAUAUUGGUAGUAAUUACUGUAAUUAUUCAACAAAAAGUAUAUCUGUUCAAAAAUGUUUCCACUAUGUCUUCUUUCUGGUGGCUACUGUUUUAGUUUUCUAGUUGAAUAUCUCUGACAAGCUUUCGUAUGGUUUUGUUAUAUUUUCAUCUACAUGUAAUGUGUUAUUAAUUUUAUUUUAAAUGAAAACUAAUCACCUUCAUGUGGAAAUGCUCUGAGAAUUGUCCUCAGGCAUUUGGUGUAACCAGCUAACCAAGAAGAAACAGAGAAACCAGAACUUCAUAUGGCAGUCCAUUUAGAUGAAGAAUGAUGAUAUAAAAUCUGGUUCCUUCUUAGCAAAAUAAAAAACAAACAAGAAAAGAUACUAAAUGAUGUUAAUUUUCUUUAUGAUUUAGAAGUCCAGUUAUAAUAUUAAAACUCUGUGACAUAGUUUCUUUUACCAAAACCAUGAACCCACUCCCCGUAUCAGGUAUUUUCGAUGGUUUAGAAGUACUCAAGUCACAUUCAAGUUAGAAGUUUUUUGUUGUUGUUGUUAUUUUAAAUUUUUAACAAAUAUAAACACCAGCAAGUACUAUUACUUGCUUAAAAAAUUGGGAGGGGGCACUUUUCAUAGUCUUGGAAUGCUAAGAAGUUUAUUUUUAAUAUUGUGACAGAAAGCAUUAAGUAUUUAAUAGCUCUGUAUUAUAUUUGAUACUGUUACAGUUAAAAAUUUUUCAAAAUUAAUACAUUGUUAAUUGUUGACCAGUUUUGAAGUUUGGGUUUAACUAUGGUUGAAAUGGAAGGACUCUUGUUUUGCACUUGUAUUAAAGAUAAAUUUAUUAAAAUAAGUUAUUUAGCACUAA